UCAGCUGCACAACUCAUCCUCUGCUGCAGCUCAGAAAUCUGAAAGUGUGUGUGAGUGGAGGACUGAGCCGCCUGUUCUCCGUCUGUGAAGAUUCUCCUCCAUCCUCCUGCAUCAUGCUGCACCUGGGUGCCUUGUUCUCUUUGCUGUACAUGUGUGCGCUGUGCAAUGCCCAGUCAGACUCUGGAACACCUGUGAUCCAGCUCCGUCUCGCUGGGGAGAAGCGGAAACACUACGAGGGUCGGGUGGAGGUUUUCUACAAAGGAGAGUGGGGGACAGUGUGCGAUGACGACUUCUCCAUCUACACUGCCCACGUGGUGUGCAGAGAGCUGGGCUUCAUUGACGCAGCGUCCUGGUCGCCCUCAGCCAAGUUUGGAAAAGGGGAAGGCCGUAUCUGGCUCGACAACGUGCACUGCACUGGUGGAGAGAAGAGUCUGGCUCAGUGUGAGUCCAACGGCUUUGGAGUGUCUGACUGCAAACAUUCGGAGGAUGUCGGGGUGGUGUGCAAUCAAAAGCGCAUUCCAGGCUACAAGUUCAUCCGGAACCAGGCCCAUGGUGACGAGGGUUUGACGGUGCAAGUGGAGGACGUGAGGAUCCGGGCCACGUAUUCCCAAAGGAAGAAGGUUCCCAUCACCGAGGGCUUUUUGGAGGUGAAAGACGGCGGCAAGUGGAGACAGAUCUGUAAUGAAGAGUGGACGGAGAUGAACAGCAGGGUCAUGUGUGGCAUGUAUGGCUUCCCCGGGGAGAAACGCUUCAAUAGCCGGCCCUACAAAUUAUUGGCCAAGCGUCGUAAGAAGAACUACUGGGGUUUUGCUGUCAACUGCACAGGCAACGAGGCCAACUUGUCCGACUGUAAACUGGGCCGGGAGAUCGAGCUCAAGGGCAACAGCUCCUGUGGACAGGGCAUGCCUGUCGUGAUCAGCUGUAUCCCGGGCCGUGCCUUCGCUUCCAGCAUCAGCAUCGGCUUCAGCAAGGCCUACAGGGUGGAGCAACCCCUGGUGCGUCUAAGAGGCGGAGCCAUGAUAGGCGAGGGCCGAGUGGAGGUGUUGAAGAACGGCGAGUGGGGAACAGUAUGCGACGACAACUGGAACAUUCGAGCUGCCACCGUGGUCUGUCGAGAGCUUGGGUUCGGUAGUGCCAAAGAGGCCCUGACCGGCGGCCGACAAGGACAAGGGAUCGGGCCGGUACACAUGAAUGAGGUGGAAUGCUCUGGGUUUGAAAAGUCACUGACUGAGUGCCACUUUAACCGUGAGUCUUUGGGCUGCAGCCACGAGGAAGACGCAGCCGUCAAGUGUAACGUCCCUGCCAUGGGUUUCAAGAACAGACUUCGGAUAAACGGGGGCCGUAACCCCUAUGAGGGUCGGGUGGAGGUCCUGGCAGAGAAGAAUGGCUCGCUGGUGUGGGGCACAGUGUGCAGUGACAGCUGGGGCACCAUGGAGGCCAUGGUGGUCUGCAGGCAGCUGGGCUUGGGCUUUGCCAGCCACGCUUUCCAGGAAACAUGGUACUGGCAAGGAGACUCCUCAGCUGAUGCCGUGAUGAUGAGCGGAGUGAGAUGUUCAGGUACCGAGUUGACUCUGGACCAGUGUCUGCACCAUGGGAAACACGUCCUCUGUCCCAAAGGAGGCGGACGCUUCGCUGCUGGGGUCUCAUGUACUCAGUCGGCUCCAGACCUGGUCCUCAAUGCUCAGGUUGUAGAGCAGACCACCUACCUGGAGGACAGGCCCAUGUACGCACUGCAGUGUGCCCAGGAGGAGAACUGUCUUUCCACCAGCGCAGACAAAGCCGACUCCACCUCCUACCGCCGCCUUCUCCGCUUCUCCUCCCAGAUCCACAACAACGGCCUGUCUGACUUCAGGCCGCGGGCAGCACACCAUUCCUGGAUUUGGCAUGAAUGUCACAGACAUUACCAUAGUAUGGAAGUUUUCACCCACUAUGACCUGAUGAGUUUGAAUGGCACUAAAGUGGCGGAGGGACACAAAGCCAGCUUCUGUCUGGAGGACACGUAUUGUGACGAAGGUAUCCAGAAAAGGUACGAAUGUGCAAACUUUGGAGCACAAGGAAUAACAGUUGGAUGCUGGGAUACAUACAGACAUGACAUCGACUGUCAGUGGGUUGACAUCACAGACGUGAAGCCCGGCGACUACAUCUUCCAGGUUGUGAUAAACCCCAACUAUGAGGUCGCAGAAUCAGAUUACAGCAACAACAUAAUGAAGUGCCGCUCUCGGUACGACGGACAAAGGAUAUGGAUGUACAACUGUCGUAUAGGUGGCACACUGAGUUCAGAAACAGAGGAAACAUUCCCUGGACUGCUCACCAACCAGCUGUCGCACAGGUAGACCUGAGGUCGACAACGCGGACGGACAGACGGACAUUAGGGAAGCAAAUAUGAAUAUUUGACAACCACUAGAGGGGGCUGUGCAGCUUUGCUUCCUUGCAGAAGUCCUGGAUUGAAGUUGAGCUCAGAGCUCAGCUGGUACAAAAGACAAUGAGUAAAUGGAAACAAAACACCUGCUUGCUUACUAAAUGUAUUUACACGAUGUACAAAAAUGUUCUUAUCUCUUAGUGUCUUAUGGUUGUUGUUAGUGAAAUAUCAGUUUUGACCUGGUGCUUAAUGAGAGAGAUGUCAGGGAGGAUCGAAGCCAAAUAAUUUAUUAAAUGAAUUAUGCCAAACAGUUCAAGGCCAAAGUUUCAAACAUUAGGGAACGACUCGAAUGAAAGUACCCAUUAGAUGAGAGAGAGCGUCACCUGGAUGUUGAGUUUACUUAGGAUGGAUAGAAAAACAGUUUGCUGCUAAAUCUGGUGCUAUAAGUGGUCGAAAUCUUGCACUGUAUGUUUGUUUUCUAAAAGAAAGUUGAACUAGAAGACAAAUCUAUCAAUCACAGUGAAGAUGCUUCACUAGAAGACAAAAACAAAUACAGUACAUGACUAUGAGAAUAACUGCAGAGCAACAAGGCGCAGAAGAUGGCAACACAAAAAUAAUGCCUGUUUCCAGCAUAGCUGUAAAUUAACUUUCUAAAAAUAAUUCUCACUAGUAACCACAACUGCAAAGCAGGCGAGUGGAAGUUGGAUCAUCAGAGCGGAGUAUCGUAGAUUUAUUGAUGCCAACUGUCUUGGAUUUGGUUCCUGCAGUAUUUCUGACAAUCUGUGAGGUUUUCACACAUACAUUUAAGUCACCAUUAAGCUGAGAGGGAAAGUGCUUUUUGCUACCAUGACUUUGUGUUUCACAUACUUGAGUUCACUUUUAAGAAAUGUUUUAUUUAUUGCUUUCAUUAUCUUGGCUGUUACAGUAGACACGUUUUCAUCUUCAAGUGCACAUCCCCUCAGCUUAUGCUUCACGUUUGUUAAAUUAUUACCAUCAGGGACAAUGAUAACAUUGCGGGUGAACUGUGAUACCUGCACAUGUGUGAAAAUAACUCUUCAUGGUUUUGUGAAUAAAAUUUCUGAUGUACGAAUUCAAUGACCCCUCUUUUUUAUAAGAGUACCUGUUAGUUGUUGCCAAACUGUUUUGUAUUUUGUAUGCAUGGGUGAAUGUGGAAAAAUUCAUU